AUGCAAAUCCAGGCUUCAAUACCCGUUCACGGUGCCAGUCGCAACCAAGAGAAAGAGAAGAUAGAGGUCAAGUCGCCUCCUGUUGCGGAACAGACUGCUCGGGAUGCGCCCAUGAGUCUCAUUCAAGAAAUCAGAGAAAAUAUGGCAUUGCCACAACAACCAUCCACAACACUGGAUAUAUCCGAAGAUAGCAUCGUCAGUAGUAUUGUUCCCGAAGAGCUUGCUUCGCUAUCCAGUCGUUGGCUUUUCAUGAGUACAGAGCCCGUCGAUAUCUAUUACAAGUCUUCUCUUCUUCUAGGGACUUGUAUCCUCGCAGGGUUUCACAGUGUUCCGACUUUACACGGGUCUGACUUACACCGCGUGUUAUAUCGGCAUGUUCAUAGUCUGUUGGGCCGGGCACAUCUAGCAUCGUCUGCUUCGCUCGACACAAUUCAAGCGAUGCUUAUUUUCUCAAUGUGGGAUCUAAGACCGACUCGAGAUCACGACCAUGGAAAUUCUUGGUUACUCAGUGGUAUGACUGCUAUGCAGGUUGUUAUGACGACACGCUUUGAUCAGCUUUUAUGCGCGCAUACUUCCAAUUAA